AGCUCAGGACUCGAGGCAAGGACUUAAGACACCUGAUACACAACUUGGUAUGUCAUGGUCAGGACACCUUUAAUCAAGGAUAUUCUGCUUCUUCUGGAAAUUCAUCCUUUUCCACUUGAUCCGUCCACCUGAAUCUCAAGAACCUUCUUGCUCUGCUAGGUUUGGUCAUUCUGUACCCCAGACUCAGUCCUCUUGAAAGCUCAGUAUUCUUGUUCUCACGUGCUCUGUCCUUAUACAUCCCAGGCUCUGUCUUGUUCUACACGUCAUUGUCCUCCAAAUCCAAGCUAACGUUGUGCUCCAGGUUCUCCGGGACACAUUCAACUUGUGCUGUUAUUCUCUGCCCUCUUCUCUCUGGGUUCAUCCUGCAGACUUUGUCCUCUUGUUUUCAUAGCUCUGUCCUGCAAUGGAAGAUUCUUCCUACUGUUCCUUACUCUGUCCUCCUGUAUCACUCAGCUGUAUCCUGCUGUCCUAAAACUCUCAAGCUCACUCCAGUUUUCUAUUUCAGGCUCUGCUUGCCUGGGCUCACCUAGUUACCUACCUUCCUGCUCCUCAUCUUCUAAACUCUACCCUGCUCCCCAGCCCUUACAGUAUCAUUAUUCCUGGCUCUGUACUCUUGCCCCAGACUCUCCGGAUCUCCCAGACUCUGAGCUCCUGCAGCAGCCUCUGAUCUUAUGUCCCCCCAUACUGUGCCCUCCUAGCCCGGGCUCUGCUUCUUGCUGCCCAGGCUUUGUCCUGUUCUCUCAGGCUCUGUCUCUACUAACCAAGGCUCUAUCGCCUGUUGCCCAUACCCUGCCCCAGCCUCUGUGCUCCUGCCCCCGGCUCUGCCCUUCUCUCCUUGCUACCAUUUCAAGCUCUGCCUUCUUGUUUCCCAAACUCUGUUCAUCUCUCUCUGCUUUUGUCACCCUGAGAUUUACUUCCCUGUUCUCUUCGGCUCCCUCCCCCCAGCAGCCCUGCUCCCUUUCUUCAUUGCCACUAUUUCUCUGUCCCCGGGCUCCUCCUCCUGCUGCUCGGCUUUACUUCCCAUGCCAGGUUCCCUACUCACGGGCCAGCAGAAGGAAAGGUGUGCGGCUUUCCAUGGUGCUGAAACCUGCGAAACAAUUUCCUGGAAAACACAAUAAGUGUGUGCGGCCCGGAAUAGCUGCAUAAGCCGCGGGCUGAAGGUCUGGAGUAGGCGGGGAAGAGCUGUAGCAAAGCCAGAAACCAGAGCAAGAUAUCACCGAGGCUGUGUGUGUAGCUCAGGCCGAAUCAAUUGCACCUGCUCCGCGGUGUCAGCACCGACAUCAAACCUGAGACAGGGACCGCAAUAUCUGCAAGGCCCCCACUCUGUGAAACCAUCGCAACAGGGAAUCCCCUGUGGGUUAAUCCACAGUAGGCUACAGAGGACCCUCAGUUGUUCAAACCCCCGCUAGAGAAAACCGUACUGGAGUGUCCUGAGUCUAACAGGAGACCCACAGAUCUACAAGGACACCCCUCUGGGGGAACUGCACCUUAGACCCCUAAAGCUUCUAGAUGGACUCUGGUAACUGCAUUCAUAGCCAGUAAGAAAAGCUAAAUUCAACAGGAGGUUCCAUUCAUACCCUAAGCUUACAAGUACCUCCUCAUAUCCCACAGUGACUCCUGAAUCUUCCAGGAGACCCUGAAGUCCACAAGGACCCCCAUCUGUACAAACUACACAGGAUACUUCAAGAUCCACUCUGGAAACUCUGAAAACUGAAUUUAAAUUGAGCAGGAAGCCCUAAAUCUACCAGGACACCCCUCUAUAAAAACCCACAGAAGAGAUUCACAAGUACACACCCUUAAGGAAAGACCUAUAGACACCCCCUCUUCUGACUAAAUCUAGAUCAUAAAAAAUUAUAUGGAUAAUGCUAUCAUAAUAAAUAAACCUAGAGGGGGCAUCCUUCACCAAAUACUCCCAGGACAGUUCCAAACCUGCAAUAGUCAAUGUCAUUGACACCCUAAACUGUAAAUAAAUCCACAUCAAAACCAAAAGGGUUUUUAGGGAGCCAUAAAUUGUACUGAUGUGCAUUUUUACUUAGUCCUCGGAGAUAUCCUAUUAUAAUUAGUCCUUCAAGUUCAGACCCCAGCAGAUAAAUCAUCUCUGUAAGACAACGUCUCCUCUCUCCUGGAAUACAUCCUAACUUUAUUUAGUGAUACAGUAGGUGGUCUUCACCUACAAAGAAAUAUUAAGCAUCAUGUUUAAUACAUAAUUCUUCCAAACACUGGAUAAGGAAUACUGGGGCUAGUGAUUCCUCUGCUUCCAACAGCAAGCCUCACUCUUUUCAGCCAAUCAAAUACUACAUUGAUACAAUGAGCAACACUGCAUAAAAAGAAAAACAGUGCAAGUGAAGUUACAAGAGUUAGAAUUCUAACAUGGAGGUAGAAGAAUAGGCGAUGAUCCCGGCAUAGGAACGGCAUUGGCCUUUGGGAUAGCCCAAGUCUGAGAGAAUGCUGGGAUUCUGCAGGGGGAGGAGGAAGUUCCUGGCAGCCUCUUUCACACUCCUUUUCGUUCCAGCUGUCACUUGGAUCUAUUUGUUCACUGGAAAUUUUGAUGAUGGCAAGUCUGUGUCCCUGUCCCCACUGGACUCACAACCUCAUAGCCCACGCUACUCAGCUUCUAGCCAGAAAGACAGCCUGGAGGUGCGAGUGCGAGAAGUGGAGGAGGAAAAUCGCAUUCUUCGAAAGCAGCUCAGCCUGGUGCAGAAACGGGGCUCUCACCCCCAUGGCAACCGUUCCAAAACAUACUCUAUGGAGGAAGGGACAGGGGACAGUGAAAGCAUACGGACAGGAAUUGUGGCAGGAAAUAGCUCUGAGUGUGGCCAACAGCCGGUGGUGGAGAAGUGUGAGACUAUCCACGUUGCCAUUGUUUGUGCCGGAUACAACGCCAGCCGAGAUGUGGUUACUCUAGUCAAGUCCGUCCUAUUCCAUAGGAGGAAUCCACUGCAUUUUCAUCUUAUCGCAGAUACAAUAGCUAAGCAGAUUCUGGCUACGCUAUUUCAUACAUGGAUGGUACCUGCCGUGCAUGUGGACUUCUACGAUGCAGAUGAACUAAAGUCAGAAGUGUCCUGGAUUCCGAACAAACAUUACUCUGGUAUAUAUGGACUGAUGAAGCUUGUGCUUACUAAGACCCUCCCUGCUAGCCUAGAACGUGUCAUUGUCCUGGACACAGACAUCACGUUCGCUACCGACAUUGCUGAACUUUGGGCGGUCUUUCACAAGUUCAAAGGACAACAGGUGCUGGGCCUGGUAGAGAAUCAAAGUGACUGGUACCUAGGAAAUUUGUGGAAAAAUCAUCGACCUUGGCCAGCCCUCGGGAGAGGCUACAAUACAGGUGUGAUCUUACUGCUUCUGGAUAAAUUGCGGAAAAUGAAGUGGGAGCAAAUGUGGCGUCUCACAGCUGAGCGGGAACUCAUGAGCAUGUUAUCUACCUCCCUUGCUGAUCAGGAUAUUUUCAAUGCUGUCAUCAAGCAAAACCCUUUCCUGGUGCAUCAGCUUCCAUGUUUCUGGAACGUGCAGCUAUCAGAUCACACCCGCUCUGAGCAAUGCUACCGAGAUGUCUCUGAUCUGAAGGUUAUCCACUGGAAUUCUCCCAAGAAGUUACGUGUGAAGAACAAGCAUGUGGAGUUCUUCAGGAAUCUCUACCUGACCUUUUUGGAAUAUGAUGGGAACCUACUAAGGAGGGAACUGUUUGGUUGCCCCAGCGAAGCUGACAUUAACAGUGAAAAUCUUCAGAAGCAGCUGUCGGAGCUGGAUGAGGAUGACCUGUGCUACGAGUUCAGACGUGAGCGUUUUACUGUUCAUCGAACACACCUCUACUUCCUGCAUUAUGAGUAUGAGCCUGCGUCCGAUAACACUGAUGUCACACUGGUGGCCCAGCUAUCUAUGGACAGGCUCCAGAUGCUAGAGGCUAUCUGUAAACACUGGGAAGGGCCAAUUAGCUUGGCUCUUUAUCUCUCUGAUGCUGAAGCUCAACAGUUUCUUCGCUACGCCCAGGGUUCUGAGGUGCUCAUGAAUCGACGCAAUGUUGGCUACCAUAUUGUGUACAAAGAAGGCCAGUUCUACCCAGUCAACUUGUUGAGGAAUGUGGCUAUGAAGCACGUCAGCACACCCUACAUGUUCCUGUCCGACAUAGAUUUCCUUCCAAUGUACGGACUCUACGAGAGCCUCAGGAAGUCUGUUGUACAGCUGGAUAUGAGUACCACCAAAAAGGCACUUAUCAUACCAGCAUUCGAGACCCUGCGAUAUCGUCUGUCCUUUCCCAAGUCUAAAGCUGAACUGCUGUCUAUGCUGGAUAUGGGGACUCUGUUUACAUUCAGGUACCAUGUUUGGACAAAGGGUCAUGCACCUACAAACUUUGCCAAGUGGCGGACAGCAACCACUCCUUACCGUGUAGAAUGGGAGGCAGAUUUUGAGCCUUACGUGGUGGUCAGACACAACUGUCCAGAAUACGAUCGGAGGUUUGUUGGUUUUGGCUGGAACAAAGUAGCUCAUAUCAUGGAGCUAGAUGCACAGGAAUAUGAAUUCACAGUGCUGCCAAAUGCCUACAUGAUCCACAUGCCACAUGCACCAAGUUUUGAUAUCACAAAGUUCCGUUCAAACAAGCAAUACCGCAUCUGCCUAAAGACUCUGAAAGAAGAGUUUCAGCAGGAUAUGUCCAGACGUUAUGGGUUCACUGCACUAAAAUACCUCACUGCUGAGAACAACAGCUAAUAACACAGGGGGAAGAGGGUAUCGCCAGAGCCUGAUGUAAGCAUUGGAUAAUGCCAUGGAGAUAUGAUGCCAUCCAUCUUUUUACUGAAGGCUGCAAGUUUUGGUUGUUCUGGAAGCCUUCUGUAUAACUUAAAGAUUUGUCUAGUUCUGUCCCUCCUCCCCUAGUACUACGAUAUGGUGGUCAUAUGCGCAAAGUAAAAGCUAACAAGAAAGCUUCACUCCACUGCUAUGGUUGGCUUCACUAGAAGAAGCUCAGGUACUGCAGUCCAUUUCUGCCUCUUACGUUACAGUAGUAUACUGUAACUAGUAUAACCUUGUUGUCAUCACCUCUUAAUAAAUACUUUAUUGGAAUUAUAAUCAGAAACAUCCUAUAAAUUACAUUUUUUAAGAAACUCGCCCCAAACAUGUUCACUUUGCAGUACCAGGAAAUAGGAUUGCUACAGAAAAAGUCCUUGUAGCAGAUGAUAUAUGGAGAAGAUGAUUCAUACAACUAAUAUAUAUAUUAUAUGGCUACACCACAAUACAUUUGCCAAAAUGGUAUUAAUAACAGAUGAGUGCUCUUAAAGAGAAAGCAUUUUUUGCAGUUUUCUCCAUAGCCAUAAACUUGGAGACCUUUAACGUGACUGGGUUGAAACAGAUUUUGUGUAUGGCAGCAGAUCAAUCUCUACCUAAUGCAGUAUCAGCGCAGUAUCGGCAAGUGGUAGCCACUGGAUGACAAUUCAACUCCCAAGAUCAUUUCUUGCUGCACGCAAAAAUAAAAUGAAAUAAACUGAUAUACAGACUAGCGCUGUUCACCUUGUUAAGGAUAAAUAAAGGGCAUUUCUUUCUAUUUUUGUAUUUUCUUCAUCUGUGUAUAAAAUAAAAAGCAGACAUGCCCAAUUAUCUAUCCAGAUGUUGCAAAGCAAUCAUAUAUAGAUUUAAAAAAAAAAAGUAUAGACGGUUACUUGGAGUAGAGGAAAAUAAAUCCAGGAUUUUGUAAUAAAUGACAAAAGGUAUGAAGAAAAUUAAUGUGCACAAGAUUUUGUUCUGAAGAUAAAAUGUUUGUCCACUUAAAUGUGAA